AUGCUCGUCCAGACUACAAUCUCCUCACUCGCCCUCGCUGGCACAGUGUCUUCCACUCUGGCUGCUCGCUCCCCGUUCAAAUGGGGAUCCUGUGGAUUCGACGGCGAGGCUGGAGCCACCGUCAAGUACGAGUGCAGCAACUUCACUGUCCCUCUCGACUACCUCGACAGCGCCGCCAACAAGACGCUCAACCUCCAGGUGACGCGUGUACCCGCCGUCAACGGCGAUUCUCAGGGCAGCAUCUUCUUUAACUUUGGCGGACCCGGUUCCGGAGCGCGGAAGACUCUGGUUGACAAGGCCGAGCAGCUUCUGGUGAUUACGGAGGGGAAAUAUGACCUCGUCGGCUGGGACCCUCGGGGUGUUGCCACCACGUCUCCGUUCAAAUGCUACGGCGACGCCGAGAGGCCGGUAGUUAUGCAAAGGCACCGCGUGAACGAUGCUUUUGGCCCCGAGGACCGGACUGCCCUCGCACGCAUGUGGGCAUCGGCCGGAAAUGUGGCCAACGACUGCCUCAACUCGAAGGAGCAGACGUCCGAGAUGGGCGAGCUCAUCGGCACGGGCUACCUGGCUCGCGACCUGAUGCGGCUGAACGACGCCCUCGAGGGCCCCGACUCCCUGCUCAACUACUGGGGCAUCUCCUACGGCACCAUCCUCGGCACUACCGUGGCUGCCAUGUUCCCCGACAGGAUGGGCCGUGUGAUGCUCGACGGCAACGUAAACGUCCCUCAAUGGUACAACGGCUACGACACAAUCUGGUGGAGCGACGUUGACAACGCUGUCUUCGACUAUUUCGACCGCUGCGUCAAGGCCGGACCCGGCCUCUGCCCUCUGGCGGCGCGCAACGAGUCCGCCGAUGUGCUCACAAAGAACCUGUACGGGCUCAUGGACGAGUUGCGCCGUCUUCCCAUUCCCCUCGGCGGCGCCACCGUCAUGGACGCCUCGGCCUUCAAGCUGGUCUUCCGCGCCGUACUAUACGGGAACACCCUGUGGCCGACCUUCGCCACCAUUUUGAACGAACUCUUCAAGCCCGCCGACCAGCACAACCUGAAGGCCAUCUCCAGCAUCUGGCUCCCCGUCGUCAAAGCCACCGAUACCAUGGGCAGCCUGAAAGACGAGUCCCUCUUCGGCAUCUACUGCAGCGACAAGAACACCCGCACCGACUCCUUCGAGGACAUCUUCGCCGUGAGCGAGGAGCUGAAGCGCGUCUCCAAGGCCCUCGGCGAGGUCCACAACAACCUCGUCUACCUCUGCGCCCGCUGGCCGUUUCACGCCAAGGGCGGCUGGGAGAGUAGCUGGAACGAGACCAUCGAGACGGCGAACCCCAUGCUCUUCGUCGGCCCGAGAUACGACCCCGUCACGCCCAUCAGCAAUGCCUACAACAACAGCGGCGUCUUCUUGGGCUCCGGCGUUCUCACGCACGGCGGCAUCGGCCACGGCGUCACCAGCCACCCUUCGCUCUGCACUGCCAAGGCCAUCCGGGCCUACUUCCGGCAUGGCGAGCUGCCGGCCGAGGACUUGAACUGCACCGCUGAUCACGACGCCUUUGACACGAGCAAGACUUGGAAGGAUUCAUACCUCCCUGAGCUCAGCUGGGAAUAA